AUGGCUCCCGAGGCUCCUGAUCCUCAAAGCCUGAAGUCAUGGCACGAUGCAUUCCAGUAUCCGAUCCCCACGGUUCGCCGCGUGGAGCAGGAGCUGCGUCGGGAUAUCUCCAGCAAUAAGGAGAAGCUCCGAGCUGUCGUGGGCACGAGAUAUCGCGACCUGGUCGGAACUGCCGAAACCAUUGUGGCUAUGAAUCGGGAUAUCCAAGAUGUGGAAACCGUUUUGGCUGACGUUGGACGCCGAUGCAAUCCCCGGUUAGUGGAAAGGAAGCAGGUUCAUGCUCGACAGAUAAAGAGUGGCGAUACGGAGAAGGACUCGGACAAGCAUUCAUUCUGCGCUCAGCUGUCUCUCCUCCACCGCUGCACGACGACCAUUAGUCGACUCUUGCGUCGACGCGCCUCUCUUCUUUUGAUUGCCAAGAUCUUAGUGGUCUCCCGGCUGCUGCACAAGACAUUGUCGCAGCACGAGUCCCUACCUCCAUUCCUGGACGACCUGCGGAACCAGUUGGCGUCCCUUCGGCGAUCAGUUCUUAAGAGGAUCGACAAACGUCUCGCAUCUUCCACUGCAACAGAUGAAAGCGCCAUUGAAGCACUGGCCGCGUAUUGUCUCGCUACCAGCUCCUCGGCCGACGACACCAUUCAACAUUUCCACGAAGUUCGAUUGGACGCCAUCGCUGGCCAGCUGGACUUGUCCUGCGAGAACAUCCCCAAGGCUCUCCAGCUGUUUGUACGCUCCCUUCAGGUCUCUAAGGUCUUGAGAUCCCGGCAGUUCGCCGACGUCCUCUUCAAACUAAAGGCCCGGCCCCUCCUUGUCGAUCCUGAGAUUCGAAGCCUUGAUGGUCUUGAGGUUGAAGUGCUUGGUCGUUGGGUUGCUCCGGAGGUCAGCAACUUUACUCCGUGGAUCAAACUCAGUGAACUUAAUAGAACCGAGGGCGUGGACUCAAUUAAAGAAUGGUCUCUGCAGGCCUUCGAAAGAUUCUCCAAGGGCUGUGAGAAGAGUCUGACUCUCGGUACUGAGUUUUCGGAGCUACUUUCACUACGCACAGAGACUGUAGAACUAUGGCUGUCUUCUUGGGGCACCACCAUAAUUCAUGGCUCAGUUGAUGUACUCGAGAGACUUCGAAGCAUAUUCAAUGGUCAAUUGGCAAGAGUCCUCCAACUGCAAGCACAGGGUCUCAGAGAGGUCGGGAAUGUGGCCAAGGCCAUUUUGUCCGACUGGGAGAACACGGAGCACACUCCCGUUGGAUCUCUAUGGGAUGCCGACCUUAUCAAUGCAGAAUACUCGAAUGGUGCACACACUUUCAAACAGACUGUAGCUGACAGGUUACUCGGCCGCAAUGAAGAUGUUUCAGCUGUUUCAGCCAAGUACCAUGAAUGGCUGGCUUCAAUCCAGCACGUGAACGAAUCUAUCGACUCUCUGCGUCGCAUGCGGUGGACCGAUGUUCUCGUUGGAGGCGAGGACGAUGAGGAAGACGUUGACAUCACGCCUCGACUGAACUCCGACGAUCCUCAGCACCUGUCGGAUGCUCUUCACUCCGCCAUCCAAGACUCUCUCGCAGAUUUACAAACCUCCUUCAGCGGUGCCUUCAAAUCAUUCACCUCCUUACAUACAAUUGAGAAGGCCACUUUCCUCAUCCGAUUAAUACGACUGGUGCGACGAGAUAUUCCCGCGACAUUUGUUCCUGAAGACUUCAUCUUCUCGAGUGACAUCGUUCCAGAACUGCAGGCAUUACUUGCGACGGAGGUCGUCGCUAAGGCAGGCUCGUUGAAAAUGGUUCCAUCACCAAAGAGUCACCCCAAGACCGGCAAAAUCAAAUCCGUGCCCGGGCGCUCUCUCUGGGAAGGCGAACCUGCCAUCCCCGUCCAACCCUCAACUUCAAGCUUCAAGUUCCUGCGCAACCUCACUUCUACCAUGGACACUUGCGGGUCAGACCUCUGGGAUCCUUCUACAGUGCAAGCAUUGAAGCAAGCCUUGAAUGAGCACCUCAACACUGCCCUCACGUCAGCUUUGAGUGAUCUAGAUGACAUCGACACCCCAAUCAAGAACGAGGCCCAGGACGAGCAGCCCGCUGCGAACGGCGACAGCGAGAAAGAGAACAAGAAGGAGACAUCAGCGACUGGGCCCAGCACCCCAGACCAAGCCGAGGGCCUGCGUGACUGGAAGAUCCAAGUCUUCUUUGAUUCUCUGUAUCUGUCCGAGAUGCUGGGCGAACGAAAUCAGCUGGCUGAUAUCGUUGUCCAGGCCGAGAAGAGUGCUGGUCCCAGUGUCGAGACCAUUAAGGUUAUUAAGAAACUUGCGGGCGAGUAUUGGACCCGGACGGAGCUGUUAUUUGGCCUUUUGGCGCGCCAGUGA